AAAAUCCGCUGCCCAGUAAUCAGCCGCCCAACUCCAGUCCCACUGACGACAAGGAGCGCCUAUAACGCUCCCCCUGGAAUUCUAGGGUUUCGUGCUCCAUUUCCUUUCUUUCACUCCCAAUUUCCCCUACUCCAGACUCUCCAUUCUACAAUGACGACGUCGCCCGCUCUCGUCUCUCCCUCUCGGACCACUUGCGCCUCUCUCCUUCGCCAGUUGCAGGUAAUAUGGGAUGAAAUAGGGGAGGAGGACGGGGAUAGGGACAGGAUGCUUCAGCAACUUGAACACGAGUGCCUUGAUAUCUACCGGAGAAAAGUCGACUCCAGCAGGAAGCACAAAGCUGAGUUGGCUCAGUCGUUGGCUGACGGAGAAACUGAAAUUGGCGUCCUUGUUUCUGCUCUUGGGGAAACUGCCUCAUUUCCUCGGAGCGUAAAGGGCUCUUUGAAGCAGCAGUUAUCCGCCCUCAAACCUGCUUUGCAAGACUUGAGGCAGCGGAAACAAGCACGGAUGAGCGAGUUUCAUAAGACUCAGUUGCAGAUUGCUCAAAUCUGUGCGGAAAUAGCAGGAAAUGAUAUCAACACUGUUGAUCCGAAAAUUGAUGAACGUGAUUUGACUGUGAAGAAAUUGGGCGAACUCAAGUCACACCUCAACGAACUUCAAACUGAAAAGAAGCUGCGUCUGCAUAAGGUCAGCAGCUCUCUCGGCAAAAUUCACGAGUUGUCAGUUGUAAUGUCAAUUGAUUUCUCCAACACUGUUGCUGAUAUACAUCCCAGCUUAAGUGAUCAUAUUCAGUCAAAGAGCAUAAGCAAUGACACACUAGCUCGAUUAACUAGUGUGAUUCAAUCAUUAAGGCAAGAGAAGCUGGAUAGGCUACAUAAGCUUCAAGAUCUUGGGAAGACACUAAUGGGGCUAUGGGAUCUUAUGGACACAAAUGUAGAGGAACAAGGAAAAUUUGAUCAUGUUACUUCACUAAUUUCUUCCUCAUUGGAUGAGGCAUCAAGACAAGGCUGCCUUGCACUUGAUGUCAUUGAGCAGACUGAGGUUGAAGUUGAGAGAUUGAAUGCUCUCAAAGCCGGCAAGAUGAAAGAGUUGGUAUUGAAAAGACAAAAUGAGCUGGAAGCAAUAUACAUAGAUGUUCAUAUGGAGAUAGAUGCUGAUGCAGCACGGCGGACUCUUAUCAACCUAAUUGAAUCCGGAAAUGUUGAGCUCUCUGAUCUGCUCUCCAGUAUGGACAACCAGAUAACAAUUGCCAAAGAGCUAUCACUGAGCCGGAAGGAGGUUUUGGACAAGGUAGAGAAAUGGAAACAUGCUUAUGAGGAAGAAAAGUGGCUUGAAGACUAUGAAAAGGAUGAAAAUCGGUACAGUGCAGGGAGAGGUGCGCAUAAAAAUUUGAAACGUGCAGAGAAGGCAAGAAUUCUAGUCAGCAAAAUACCAUGUGAGCUAGCAACUAAUUCCUGUUUAUAAAAUGACUAAUUUAUAUGUUUUCACAUCACCAACUGUGGUGUCUACGGCCAUCUUCGGAUAAAUGGUUCAUUGCAUUGGAUGGAUAACUGUUGAACCAUGACAAAUCUUGCGUGUAGCAGCAACGUUUUUCAUUUGUAUGUUUAACUGCCUCUUCAAGAAUUGAUCCAACUCUCAUUACUCUGCAAAUAUGUCACCCAGCUAUGGUUGAGAAUUUGACUUCAAAAGUGAAAGCCUGGGAAUUGGAGCGAGGCAUUUCUUUCCAGUAUGACAAGGCUCCCCUGUUACGGAUGUUGGAGGAAUAUACUGCAAUGAGGCACGAAAGAGAAGACGCGAGGCGACGCACAAAGGAGCACAGGCGUGUACAAGAGCAGAUGGCAGCUGAGCAAGAGGCAAUUUAUGGGUCGCGGCCCAAGAAACCACUGGGCCAAAGCACCGCCAACAACACUAUGGUCGGGACACCCAUGGGACGCCGUGGGCCCACCUCAUUGGGCCGUCAAAACGCACCUUCUGCUGGAAAGGAGCGCAGAGAGAGCCGGUACCAUAACGUGGCGCCUAUCAACUAUGUGGCCCUUCCAAAAGACGACCACUCCGUCUCUCGUGGUGCCUAGCCCACCCGGCCCCAGCCAGCCAGGGUCAAACGCAAACAAAGUUGCUGGUUUGUAAAAACCUGUAAAAAUGUCCUUUUGCUGU